GUCAUUUCAGAUCCGUGCAGCGUUCAUUUCGUUCGAAGGAGAAAAAACUUGAGCUCACGUUAACUGUAGAUUUGAUCUGAAUCGGCGUUCGAUUUUCCGAGGCGUGUUGGAAGAAUCGAGAGCUGAUUAAUGCAUCUAGGCGUAGAGCUUGUGUAGAUGCAAAUCUAAAGUUGUUAUAAUAUAUAUAAUUUGGAAGAGAAGAUAAACUCGGGCGUAAAAUCGGAUUUCAGUCUCAGGAUCAGAUCUGAAGAAACUGAAGGGUGACGGUGUGUUUGUUGUGCCUAAGUGCGGAUUCGUUUAUGGUCGAUUUUCCGUGGGGUUAACUGAACUAGAUAGCUAUCUUUUCAGUUUUUGGUGGUUGUGGAGGAGAUCUAGAGGUUUGAAUGUUUAAGAUCCGUAGGUUUGAGAGUUUUCUUAUAUGGUGAAUCGGUGUUUGGUUUGUUUCUACUGUAACUUAGAUUAGUGUAUAGAGGAGAGGUGGGAAAGGACUUAGUUGGAUUUAUCCUGUAAAGCUUGGGAUGGAGACUCUAGUUGCUGUGAAUCACCAUCGGAAUCAGCAUCAGUAUUAUGGUAGAAACCGAAACCAUGGUGCGUCCAAAUUUGGAUCGUUUGGCUCACCAUCAGCAAGCUUUCGGGCAAUUAAUUGCAGGACAUUUCAAUCUGGAGAAGGAUUGCUCCCAACGCCAUUCUAUGAUCUGUCCAGCAAAGUUCCCGCUUCUGAUAAACCCUUUUCAGCCUCUCUCUCUCCCAAAACCCCGACCCCUUCAAAUGAUUAUCCUGAGAAACCCUCAGCAAAGAGAAUUGUGAAAAGCCGAUCGGUUCCAGUACCGAUCAAGUGCAAGCUCAAAAGCAAGCAAAGGGACUUGUAUUUUUCAGAGCUUUGGGCUGGACCUGCGUACUCAAACUCACCUCCCCCUAGUUCUUUGCCCAUUCCUAAAUUUUCAGUCCGUCCUACAAGAAGUGCUUCACUUGACUUGCCUAAUAUAGCAUCUGAGUUUGAUCUGCAUCCUAUUGCAAGAUCAGCACCUGCAUCCCCCAGAAGGGAGCGUAGUCCUUCUCCUAUUGAUCUGUUUGGUGCUGAUGUUGAUGUGGCUACUCCAAUUGAUCUGUUUGGUGUUGAUGUUGAUGUGGCUAAUCCAAUUGAUCUGUUUGAUGGUAUUAAUGAUGCGACUAAGACACUUCGUCGCAUCCUUAAUCUUGAUAUCUCUGAUGACUGAGGGAGGUGUUGGUAGUGGUUGGUUCCUGUAUAUAGGAAAUUAGAGUGUUCUCUUGGGUUUAGUAGUGGACUGUAUAUAUAAUAAAGAUCAGGUGUUGGGAUGGUUAUAGAGCUUGCUUGGCAUAAAGUAGUGGUGGGGAGGUGGUACGAUAGGGUUUGUUUGUAGAUUGUGCCCAAAAGAUCUGGAACUUGAGUUUCUUGUUCAGUUGGGAAUGUAAUCAAUGUGGUUCAGAGUGCUCGGAGUUGGGUUCUGCCGUGAAUGGGAGGGUAGGUCAAUCAAUUGGCAUGGCAGGGGACAGUUAUGGAUAGAAUUGUGCCUUGUUUCCAAGUUGACAAAAAAUGCUAGGUUGGGUGUCGGUUAGUUCUCCAAAGUGCAUUUACUUCUCAAGAUUUAACAUCGUUUAUUUCCCUUUUCCUUCUCUGUUGUUUUUCCUUCACAACUUGUAUAUGUUGUAGAAUCCUAACUUAGGUAUCAGUAGGACUUCAUCUUUCCUUGUUUUCCAAUAUAGUAUCAUAGCUUGUUAGUUUCGAUUAGCUCUCUUGACCCUGUAGCCCAAUACAUCUGUAGGGGUUCAAUGAGUCUUUUCUUUUCCUCUUUCCUGCUCAGUUCUGCCUGAAUUGGCUCUUCACUCGUCGUAGGUUUAGCCUCCUAAUUGCUGUGUUUUUCUUUUGAAUUAGUAAUGCUUCUUAGUCCGGUUCUUCCCUUUGCCAUAUUUCCUGGUUUUUGAUAAAGGAAAAUGGUGGGGAAUUAGAGAUAGACGAUCCUGUUUCUUUUGGUUAGUUUCACUCUACUGGGUUUCGACCUACAACCUCUAUGUGUUCUCUUAACUGGAGGUGCCUAGUUGAAGUAUAAAUUGAGCUUUAGCGUCACAGCUCAAUCGAUUCCAAAGUCUCUACAGUAAGCUUAUACUGCCUACCCAUUUAAAAAGAGUUGAUUGCACCUCCCACUUCUUGUUAUUCGGUUCCAUUUGACGUUGGUUAUAUUGACGACGACCUUAUCCAAGUGUUCCAGUUCUUGUAUGGAUGGGUACCUGAUGGCAAAUCCGUUCGAGAGACUGUCAGCACCCCCAUUCCAUAUGUGAUGUGCCUUAGUUUGCUUUUGCAAUCUCGACUCUUACGAUUCUAAAACUAGAAGCUAUAUGAUGAUUCUAGGGUUCGAUGUUGCUAUGUGUGUUUAAGACUUUUGGCUUGAUUCUGUCUAUAUGUGGCGCAUGAACACAUGUUUUUUUUUUUUUCUUUAUCACAUUUUAGCAAUGUUACAGCUCACAUAUAAGUAGCUGCUUUCUGUUUGAUAAUUCUGCUGUUUCUCGGUAGUUAAUUAUGCACAGUGGAUGAUCUGCUACUUUGAUUAUUUUA